AUGCUCGACGGCGGCAUCCGUUUCAUCGAUUUUCGCAUUAUGUACAGCGUCGGCCCAGACCGGCUGGUUGGCACGAAGGACUGGUACUGUCUGCAUGGCUGUGAAUCGAAGCACAAAGCCAUCGAUUAUUUGCGCCACGUCCGUUCCUGGAUGGAUUCUCAUCCCAAAGAGAUCGUGGUGUUUUGGGCCUCCCGCCACGGGAACGAGGCUAUUACGGGUACGGCACAGUACCCGGGCACCACUCCGGCUGAAAGACAGGCUUUCUUCAAGCAGGUGGAGGAGGUGUUUGGCGAGCUCCUCAUCGCGAACAUUAGCUUGAAUGAGACCACUGUAGCCGAGCUUCAGACCCGCAACCAGCGCUUGCUUUGGUUUGCUUCUGACUACGCGGAGUCAACCGGGAGCUCGCCAAAGGCUUUGGAUGCCCGAAGCCUCGACAACCAGCUGAAAGGCGGCGGCUAUGGGAAAAAGUUUGUUGACUUCAUGAAGCAAGGAAGCGCAAAACUGCAGGAGGAUCGUGCUCAGAACAAGUUUCUGCUUGUUAGCAUGUCAGGUGGUCCCGCAGACACAGCUGUCACGGAUGCGGCGAAGCUGGAGUUCCUCCCGGAUCUGUUUGGGACGCACAAGAAGUGGACCAAGGAGUGCGCGACAAGCUCCUCGAUUCCAAACAUGACAUCCUGGUGCCCGGGAUCACUGAUGGACUGGGCCCUGCUCGACAACUACUACCAGCAGCGUGCCCUUGACCUCAUCUUCAAGUUGGGCGACACCGAUGCGCAAGCGGACUUCCCGAACGCUAUCUACAUCAAUGCAGUUGACAUGGGCGGUCUCAUCCGAACCGGCACAGCAAAGAUCAAUCCGUUGGAUGAGGAGCUGGGCUCUACAGCUGCAGACCACGCGACGGAUGGUUAUGCUUACUCCGCGACACUAAUCGCUGCCAACAUACGUCGGCUCUGCCGUGUGAAGCAGCUUCAGGGCUGUGAGGAUCUGGGGGCAGCGGCUGCAGCAGCGAGGGCGCUGCAUCCCGUGAGCCUUUGGGAUGAUGCAAAGCGUGGACGCUUGAGUGAUUGGCCACCUUUAGACGGCUCCUUUAGAGAGGCUCCGGCAGAAGUGAUGGCCACAUUACGCUUCAUUUGA